GUUGAUGAAGAUGUUUGCUGUUUAUGAAUGAUUUCUGAAAUUUUAGUGUUUUGAAACAAUCCUUGUUGGUUUUUAACGUCAAAAUAGUCAUCGUUCUCGAAAGGAAAGUCAAUAUAAAUGACUGAACGGCUUAGUUUUAUACUAAAAUGUUUUGUUAAUUUUGUGUUUUGUAUAACCGCUUGAUUCGCCGGUACACUUUGGGCCUAAAUUGUAUGUAUUUAUUUCACAAGUUUUUAUUGUUUAUCUUCGCUGAUUCUGUUCUAUUUUCGGGGAAUAUUUAAGUCCGAUCUUUCUUCUUUAUUUCUUUUACUAACUAUCCAUGAUAUGACGGUGUUGGUUUUGGUUGGAUCCCUCCCUGGCCUGGCCUCCCCUCCCAGCCUCCCCUUUCAAAGGAAAAGUGCUGACUCAGUUGUUCCAAUUCAAGAUGGCGGACAAAGUGCAUCUUCCAACAGCUAGUGGUGGGAACCUGGAUUUGAAGGGAAUAAUUUCAAUAUUUCAGAUUUUAUCCAACACCAAUCGAAGUAAAGCUACAGACAUCCACUUAGCCGUUAAAACCACAACCAAUUUUGAUGAUUUGUUAGCGUUGAAUCUAUGUUUGCUUUGGCGAGCUUUAGAAACAGAGGAGCAUUUGAGAUCAUGUCAGGAAUUGAAGUUGUCGUUCUGUGGAAUAUUUGAGCAAGAACCGAGCUUAAAGAGGAUGGAAACAGGGUCAACAGUAAACAUCGAUAGUACAUCUGUACGAUUGAUCUUUUAUCGGUUAUGUUUGCACUCUUUAUAUCUUCUUAAAUUGUCUUUGAUGAGUCUCAAGAGGUCUGAGAACUCAACACGAGUUCCCGUAAUGGAUCUGAGCGUGAAAGAUCAACAAAUCAUCAAGACUGUUAUCCAGUUUAUUGUAGCCUUGGGUAUUUGUCCCAACCUUUUUGAAGGAGUAGGUGCAUCCUUUAAACAAAGAACUGGUUUCGGUGAUGCUUUGUGUGCUGAGCAAAAGAUCAAGUGUCCACAAUGUUUGUAUAAGUGUGUAAUGGUCUUGGUUAAUUGUCUCGACGAGCCUUCAUUAAGCUUACUGAUUCUAUCAAAGCAUUUAGCAGAUGUAUUGGCCUCGCUAAUUCAGCUUGGGUAUUGUGGAGAUGUUUGUCAAGAGGAGUUGGUUGGAAGUGAGCAGUUGAUUAGUUCUCAUGAAGAGAAUGAUGAUUUUGAAUUGGGGUGCAAAAGUGGGUCUGUGGAGAAUGAGUUAGCCGAUCAAAAUAACGAUAUUGCGAAUAAACAAGAUCUUACUGGAACAACAUUAACUUCAAAUAACAUCUGUGAGGGUGGGGUGUUAAUUUCCAAGGCUGAACAAGAAAAAUGUAGGAAAGCAUUAAAUGAUAUCAUUAAUAAAAUGUACCAACCUUUGAUCAUACGAGAACUGAUGUUUCUGCAAGGGAAUAUGUCGGGUCAAAAGAUACCCACCCCCCGUGGGAAAUCAAGCGAUACCGACGCUCACAAGGAAUCCAGGCCAGGGAUCCCUCCUUCAGAAAGGUCUGACAUGAAAGGAAAGACAGUUAGCAGAACUCCUAAAUGGAUGAGCGACGUUUGUGGUCACUUAUUGUCAAAAUGCUUGACAAAGUCAAAUGGAGUGGAGAAUAUUUUGAGAGCUAUUUUGGAGGGAUCAUCAGGUACAACCAAUGAAUGGAAGAUAUGUGAGGCCAUUGCUCAGGUUAUUGCGAAUUGUCCCAUACAAAUACAGUCACCAGAAGAAUAUUAUAAAUCUAUUUCACCUCAGGUCCUAAAGUUGCUGCAGUUACCUUCAUCAAAACUUCAGCAGCAGUACAGCCGAGCAUCAGUACAAAUUAUUCAUGCCAUGCUCAGAAAAUACCCUGAAAUCGCUUCUAAAUACAUUGCGGAUUCCUUGAUGAGACCGUUUCUUAUAAUGACAUUGGAACCAGAAGAAAGGAAGCAAACAGUUAUUGUGGAUGAAAGAGAAAUGACUUGUUGUAUUGAAGGCUUACAUAAAGUUUUUGUUGCUUCACCCAACUCCAGUCCGGUGAUGAUGAAAAAUAUGGCGAGAAUAAUAGUGCCUGUUUUUGAGCUGUUUUGCUUCGUUAGACACAGUGCAUCACAUGUGAAAACAGCGCUGCUAGAAUUACUCUCAACAUAUUUCAAGCGAACAAACAAUCUGACAGCAUUGACAAUUCUCUACGUAUUCAUCUGUAAAGAACUGCCAAACUCUGAGUCCAAAAACGCCUUCCUGGUUUCCGAGAAUACGACAAAACCCUCUGGAAACUCGGGCGAUGCCGGAGACCCCUCGAACGUUCGUGUACCAUCGGAGGAUGUCGGAAAACACUCAGAUGUUCGUAUAUCUGAACUGAAUCUGAUAUCAAAUCGUUGCAGUUUUGAAUUUGGCGAGAAUGGCGGCAUUAUCUUAAAGAAGACAGCCUCAUCCAAAGACAAGGUGGACGAGAACGUGUUUGGGAGAAUUUUUGGAAAGGAAACCGCCAUAUACGAAACCCGAGCUCUGUGUUUUGUUGAAAUUCUGCGAAAUCUUCGAAAAAAUGAAAUUCCAGGAAAUUUUUUUCUCUACCUUCUUCAAGAGGUCCAGAAAAUAAUUCUGAAGCCGAAUUUCCAAGAAAGAAUGAAGGCGUUGGUGAUUUUUAAUGUCUUGGCAUUGAUGUGCGAGAAGCUUGGGCCGGCUGUGUUGAAGAACACCGGUCACAUAAUUCAGUUCAUAGACACGACACUGACACGUGCGCAUCACGUGUACGUGGAGAGCGAGGGUGCCGCUGGCGUGUUUGAGUUAGAAACAUUGACAAUGGCCUUAGGAAUGCUGUCUGCUUUGCUGGGCGGAGCUGUCAAGGUCGAAAGCUCAGAUUUCGUUAAACUUCAAACGCUGACCCCGAUCCUACUAGAAAUCGCAGAGAGUCAUGUUGAAGAGGAAAUCAAGGAACAAGCCAACGACUUGAUGGUCGUAAUUCUCACGAAAACAAACGUUCUACGAGAAAAGGGAAACGUUUCACACGAGAAAACAAACCGACUGAGUGACGGAACGAAGAUAAAAGGCAAUAACGCUGUUGACAAAGCGAAAGAGUUCAAUCUUGAAGCUGAAGAUUUUGAAGGUGAUUCAGAUUUAGAUUUCGACACAGCAUUUGAACAGCUGUGUGAUCCAUUGUUACCAGUGCGUGGCCAUGCGCUGAUAAGAUUGGGAAAUCUACUGAAAGCUCGCGAUACGAAAGCCGUAGCAAAGGUCGAUAUUUUGGUCAAAACCUUUCGUGAUAGUCUCAUGCACGAGGACAGUUAUAUUUAUCUCGCGGCUGUUGAAGGCCUGGUCGCUGCGGCUGAUAUUCGGAGCGAUGAUGUCAUACCCUAUCUGGCGCGGGAGUUUAUGGCUUGCUGUCGAGAGGGGACCGAGGCAAGUGGUGAAAUAGACAAGGAAGAGUAUAAGUGUUUUCUGAAAGAAAAAGACAAGAAAGCAACGGUGAAAAGAUCUUCAAAUACUCGAUUAAAAGUUGGCGAAGCUCUCGUGCGCGCGGUGAAGCGUUGUGGCGAACUAGUUCCAAAAUAUUUUCAGAUUUUGACUCAUUCAUUUCUUGUCGGGGUACGGGAUGUGGACAGCUUUGUUCGAGCAAGCAGUUUGUCGAAUCUUGGUGAGAUGUUUGGUCUAUCACCGCAUAUGUUACCAACAAUUGUUCAUGAGGCAUUUCAUUGCGUCAGUACUGUGUUAAGAUCGGACAAGGCAAGCGAAGUUCGUCGAGCUGCUGUAUUGGUUCUAACACUGGUAUUGAAGGGCUUGGAUCAGAAAACGAUUCAGGUAUUAUCGGACAAAUUAAAAGACAUUUAUCAGCUCUUGAAACAAGUGGAAUCUAGCGACCAAGAUGAGACAACGCGUAUCCAUGCACAGGUGACCCUAGGAGAGUUAAAUAGAAUCAUGAGAAAACAAUUGUUUCCGGAACAAAGGCUCGUUAAACAUAUCAAAGUUCUGCCGUGAAAAUCUCGAUGGCAAUUAUAAUCUUAAUUUGUAUAUAUCGAAAGACAUUUUGUUUUGAAGAGACGAGAUACGGGGGGGUAGGGUUUGAAGGGACGAGAUACGGGGGGAUCAGGCUUCAAUAUCAAAGUAACAUUCCUACUUCGUUUGUGGAUUUAGGAAGCUGUAACUCUUGUAAGGCUCGCCGACUAAUUUAAAAGAACUCAAUAUAGUUUAUAAUUUAUAUGCGUUUUUACGAGUGAACUUCCACAUAA